AUGGCGGUGCAUGAGAUCGAUGAUGGAGAUCAGAUUUUUUGGUUUUGUAUAUCAGAGGCCGAUGAAGAGAUCUGUGGUGGUGAAGGCAGCGGUGGUCUUAGGUUGAACGAUGGAUGUGGUGAAGGCAGGGGUGGUUUAGAAAUGGUGAAGGGAGAGUUCAACGAAGGACCCAGUGAGGGCUCUCCACUACGAAACAACCAUAACCACUGGAGCAAGGAAAAUGCAUCAUUCAGGGAUAAGCUCGUGGGCGAAAUCCCUGCAGCGUUUACUAAUGCUUUUGAUUUCACAGACCUUAUGGACGCUGAAAACGACUCGGACAAUGAUGAUGAGGAUAUCGGUGAACUCCGUGAAGGUCUGGUGGCCAUCAAACUCUCGAAAGACACCAAGAAAUUCUUACGAGAGCGUUGGUGUAAGGCAGUCAUUGUAAAGUUGGUGGGACGUUCGGUGAGUUUCUCCUACAUGCAGAGCAAACUGAAUCAAAUCUGGAAACCUGAAGGCAGAAUAGACGUAGUUGAUCUCAGCUACGGUUUUUUCCUGGUUCGGUUCUUCUCCAAGGAAGAUUUAAAUUCUGUUCUAAGACGGGGACCUUGGUUUUUGGGGGACCAUUUCCUAUCCAUAAGGCCAUGGGAGCCGUUUUUCAAGCCUUCUUCAGCGAACGUCUCGCUGGUUGCUGUGUGGGUUCGUCUCUAUGAGCUACCCUUUGAACUGUAUGAGGCGGAGGUCUUGAGAGAGAUCGGUGAAUCCAUUGGAAAGGUGUUAAGGAUAGAUACGCAUACUGCCAUGGAAGCAAGGGGCAAGUAUGCGAGGUUGUGCAUUCAAAUAGAUAUCAAUAAGCCUCUGAUCAACACCAUCCUCAUUGGACGAUUCGAGCAGGCCGUUAAUUACGAAGGCAUUCAGAAACUCUGUUUUUCCUGUGGGAGAUUGGGUCAUUUGAAGGAAGCAUGCCCUUACACCGUUAGUAAGAGCAAGGAAUCGAUGAACACGGCGGAGGCAGCUCCGGAAGAGAACGCUGGGUCAUGCAAUGGGCGUGAGGAAAAUCAUACUGAGUCGGUCAGUACUAUGCCUGCCAAAUCCACGUCAGGUACGAGUGUAGUGGAGGACGCCUCAUGUUAG